UUCUUUUCUGUUUCUCUUUCUUUCUUGGAAAUUGGAAUGGCUGCUAUUCUCUCUCUCUAUCCUUACAAUCCCUUGCUAUAUUGUCCAACUCCUCCUUCGUCUUCUGGUUCUUCAUCGUGCAUCGACGGAAGAGGAAGCAAGGCGGUGGUGCUUGCGGCGCAUUCCAAUCCGAAGAUUCUCAAGACCAAUAGGAAGUCAAAGUACGGACAGGUCCUGUCGCCAUACGACAGCGAUGAAGAAGAUGAAGGAAUUGAGGAGGAGAAGGAGGACGACGACGACGACGAUGGUUGGCUCUCUAAUGAGGAAUUUGCUGAGCCUGCUAACUUUGAUGUUGGUAGCAAGAGAUUUAAGUCAAACGCAAUUAAAGGAAAAGAUAGACAACAAGAAAAGGAGUUCGGUGUGAGAUCUUUUAACAAUGGAGAAAGCACUAAAACGCCUGGAAGUGAGAGAUUGGCAUCCUUGCGACUAAAUUCCAGUGGAAAGCUUGGCAGAAAUCUAAAGGAAAAAAAGUAUCCACGGUUGUCCGAAGAGAUUGAUUUGGAUGUGAAAUGGAUACCACUUCUUGAUUACUUGACCACCUUUGGAAUUAAGGAAUCACAUUUUAUCCAAAUGUAUGCGAGGCACAUGUCAUCACUUCAAAUCAAUGUAUGUUCUGCACAGGAAAGGUUGGAGUACUUAUUUAGUGUUGGUGUUAAACAUAGAGAUGUACGAAGAAUCCUUUUGAGGCAGCCACAAAUUCUGGAGUAUACAGUGGAUAACAAUUUAAAGUCUCAUGUUGCUUUCUUGAUGGGCUUGGGUAUACCUAAUUCCAGAAUAGGGCAAAUCAUUGCUGCUGCUCCAUCUCUGUUUUCUUAUAGUGUUGAGAAUUCGUUAAAACCAACUGUGAGAUAUUUAAUUGAGGAAGUUGGCAUCAAGGAAAAGGAUUUGAGUAAAGUCAUUCAGCUGAGCCCACAAAUUCUUGUCCAGCGUAUUGACAUUUCAUGGAAUACUCGAUAUAUGUUUCUUACAAAAGAGUUGGGUGCACCCAGAGAUAGCAUUGUGAAGAUGGUGAAGAAACAUCCCCAGCUUCUCCAUUACAGCAUAGAUGAUGGAUUACUGCCAAGAAUAAAUUUUCUAAGGAGCAUAGGAAUGAAAAAUUCAGACAUCUUGAAAGUCUUGACUAGCCUUACACAGGUGCUAUCUCUGUCCUUGGAGGAGAACCUAAAGCCCAAGUAUUUGUACUUGGUAAAUGAACUUCACAAUGAGGUGCAAUCCUUGACCAAAUACCCGAUGUACCUUAGCUUGUCUUUGGACCAGAGAAUUCGACCUCGUCAUAGGUUCUUGGUUUCCCUGAAGAAAGCUCCAAAAGGACCAUUUCCACUUGGAUCUCUAGUUCCAACUGAUGAGUGCUUUUGUGAACAAUGGGCUGGAACUAGUCUGGAUAAAUAUUUGGCAUUUCGUCAGAGAUUAUUAAUCCGAAAAUUCGCUGAAAAAUAUGAAAGAAAAAUGUGACAGAUCGGAAUCAAGUUUUGUUAUUCAACAUGCAUGAGUACUGGAAGAGAAAUCUCUUGUAAUUCUUUUUUCGUGCAACUUGUUACUAUAAAAUGUUCCUGAAGCUCAAUAGUUCGAGUUUACUCAGCUGUCUGCCAUACUGGUGUGCACGUGAUUUCAUGACACACCCAAAUAUCAGUGUCUUAAUCUCGGCUGAAGCUGCUCAACCUCUUGUGUGAAAUUUAUUAUUGCUGUUUAUGUUGGAGUUGUAGACUUGUUUACAAAGUGCUCGUGGUGCAGUCUGCCACCGUAAGGUUGUAGGCAAUUUUGCGAACUUUCAUUUCUAUAAAUUGAAGAAAGAAGCUGUAUCAACUUUAAGAUCCAGCGUAUGGAUUCCGUCAUUAUUAAUUUCUUUUUCCCUUUUUAUCUUCAAUUAUAUACUCUAGUAUAUUGCAUUUUUUUUCUCAUUGGUAUUUAUAUUCUGUGUAUCUCAAAAUCAGUAGGACAUCUUUUGUUACACUUAUCACCAUCACCAUAUAUACACAUUUGUUACCGUGCAGCCAUUUGUAACACGUGUACGAGUUAAAAUAACAUUAUUUUUAAGCUUCAGAGGAUUUGUAAUUCAAUUCCAACUUGC